GCUCCGCCGCCGGCGGGGCGAAGGUGCGGCGGGAGGGGGCGGUGUCCGCGAGGACGCGUCAGCCGCCGCCGCCGCCCUCGCCGCCGCGGGGUCCCUCCCCUCCCUCCGGCCGCCCGGUCCCCGCGGGAUGAGGGGAUCGUAGCGCCGCGGCCGCCUCCGCCAUGAAGCGGAAGAACUGGGCCGAGGCGCGGCGCCGCGCAGCCCCGCCGCCGCCCGCGCUGAAGAGGACGCGGAGCGCGGCGUCGCGGGCGGCGGGGGGCGAGGCGGAGCGGCGGCGGCAGCUGCCCCCCGCCGCGCUGGAGACCUGCCUGAGGAUCGCGGAUCGCCUUUAUUUUGCGAUUCUGUACCAAAAACCAAAGAGUGGAGCUGCAAAUACCCAUUAUUUCUGCAUAGAUGAUGAACUUGUGUAUGAGAACUUCUAUGCUGACUUUGGACCACUCAAUCUGGCAAUGGUCUACAGAUACUGCUGCAAGCUAAACAAGAAAUUAAAGUCAUUUUCAUUGAUAAGGAAGAAAAUAAUUCAUUAUACUGGCUUUGAUCAGAAAAAGCAGGCGAACGCUGCAUUCCUCAUAGGCUCCUAUGCAAUAAUAUACUUGAGAGAAUCCCCGGAAGAAGUGUACAGGCUUAUAUUGUCAGGAAGUGUUUCAUAUCUUCCUUUCAGGGAUGCUUCCUUUGGUACUUGCAGCUUUCAUCUGACAUUACUGGACUGUUUUCAUGCAAUAAACAAGGCUUUGCAGCAUGGUUUCCUGGAUUUUGGUACGUUUGAUGUAAAUGAAUAUGAGCAUUAUGAGAGAGCAGAAAAUGGAGAUUUUAACUGGAUAAUACCAAACAAAUUCAUUGCCUUCAGUGGACCUCAUUCAAGAAGUAAAAUUGAAAAUGGCUAUCCCCACCAUGCUCCAGAGGCUUAUUUCCCAUACUUCAAGCAACAUAAGGUCACCACUAUAAUACGCCUCAACAAAAAACUGUAUGAUGCCAAACGAUUUACAGAUGCUGGAUUUGAGCAUUUUGAUCUCUUCUUUGCUGAUGGAAGUACACCGAGUGAUACUAUUGUUAAAACAUUUCUAAAUAUUUGUGAAAAUGCUGAAGGUGUAAUAGCUGUUCAUUGCAAAGCUGGUCUUGGACGAACUGGCACACUUAUUGCCUGUUACAUCAUGAAGCAUUAUCGGAUGACAGCUGCUGAGUCUAUUGCCUGGAUCAGAAUAAAUAGACCUGGUUCUGUGAUUGGACCACAACAGCAUUUCCUGAUGGACAAACAGGCAGAACUUUGGACAGAAGGGGAUAUUUUCCGUGCAAAGUUGAAACGAAACCAUAAAAUUGCUGUAACAAGAAUUCUGUCAGGAGUAGAUGAUAUUUCAAUUAAUAACACAAGAAACAGGAGAACCAUCCAAAAGGACAUUGAACUGUACAGUGAUGAUGAUGAAACAAACUGUUUAACACAAGGGGAUAAGCUUCGUGCUCUGAAAAGCAAAAGGCAAGCAAGAGCUCCAACUGCAUCUCCACUAGCAGUAACUCUGCAGUCCAGUGUUCAGAAAAGUAAAACCUCUGAACCUAGCAUUUCUGACAGUACAGACAUUACUAAAAGAACUACCAGGUCUGCUGCAAGAAAAAACAGUUUUAAAAGCCAAUCCGUCACAAAGACAGUAUUGCGUUGAAUUUCGAAUAAGCCACCAGUGUGGAAGAGGAUAUUCAGGAGUGAAGGGGAUAUAGAGGGGACUUGAUGCAAUUCAAGGAGGAUCACUUUGGCUCUAUUUUUCAGCAAAAAAUGAAAUAGAACAAUCUCUUUCUUAUUUGUAGAAUAAAAUGAAUGGUCAACAUGUUUGGUAGACCUUUUUCUACCAUGCUAACACUUUCUCAAAACCAACAAAAUCUACAUACAUUCAGACUCAGGUGUAAAUAUUUAAGCUCUCUAUUAUAAAGAGGGCUUGCUAGUAUGUAUGAUGCAUGUGUAUGAAUUGUGAUGGCAAUCACUUAGCUGCUGACUACCAAAUGGUGGGAGCUUUUAAGUAUAUAAAUCUGUGUUGUGCAUUCAGACUGGGCUGAGUUCUUGACUCAGAAUCAACCACAAAAGCUUUUUUUUCUAAUAGUAUUGGUACUCUCCUAUAUUGAUUUCUUUCUUACUUUGUAUGAAGUUUUUUUAUGAACUGCAGUAUGGAGUACACAAUGUAACUGUUGUCCACCAAAGAGUGCUUUAUUGUCAACGGUUGUGUGAUUUAUUUAGGACAAACCAACAGUAAGUGAUUAACUUGUUUUUAACAGUGACAGCUUUUUAGUUGUUCACAACCAAAUGCUCUUUGAACUAGUUAUAACUAGUUUAUAAGUUUGCCUAAAAUCUGGUAUGAUUUUAAAGGGGAGGAAAAACACUACCAUUUAAAGCAGUGCUGUCAUAUUGAAAUGUCAUUACUGUUUAAUCACUGAAACAUUACUGUUUCUUUUCCUAUCAAGUCCUUUAGGUGAAACUUUAAAUCACCAUAUAUGAAAGGUAAGAAUUACCCCCAGAUUCCAUUCGUAUGCUUGGUAACAUGUAGACAGUGCUGGUUUUUAGCUCUGGGACACUUAAUGAGUGCAGCACACAAAAAAAUGGAAAAUAAGGGUGCCAUAUAACUGAGGUAGAGGAAUUCAGAAGCUGGGAAAAAUUUUGACACCUAACACUUUAAGAACUACAAUUUUAAAAAGUUAAAAAGCAAUAUAAUUUUUAUAGGAAUCUGCUUGAGACUGAAAUUUUCAUCCCCUACAGGAUUACAGUGUUUUUUUCCUAUGACUUUUCACAUUAUGACAUUUCAAAACUGAUGUACCCUUGUCCACCAGCUGAUGGUUAUAGCUGCAUAUCCCUCAGAUGAGGGCUGUUACCACAUAGCCUUAAAAAUCAAUCAGUUAGCUGUUGAUUUAAUGACUCUUACAGUAGAAAGUUGCAGAAAUGGAGAAAUGUGAAAUGUUAGUAUUGGAAUAGCUGAAGUUUUUAAAGAUGCAUAUUACCUCUAUGAGAGAGGGAAGUUUAUUUAAAUGAAUGUAAAUGUUCAAUCUACAUCCUUUUAAAUGGAAACUAAGCCUUCUGUUAGGCUGGUGACUUUUGAAUGCCAGUACGAAUACCCCACAGUGGUUUGGAAACAUUUUCUAGCAAUCAUGAAUUGGAGAGGAAAAAGGAUGUGAAGUGUAAGUAAGCUUACAGGUAACAUCCAUGCACUUAGUCAAAAUCUGCAAACAGGAAUACAAAUUAAAAUGUUUAAUGUAAAAUAAAUGACCAUUGAAGGCUCAGACUGAUUUUUUUCUUAAACUUCCUUUUUUACCCCAUUUUCUUCUAGAUAAAAAGCAUUUAAAAGAGAGAGACUGAUCUCAUCCUGAUGAGGCAAUUAAAAUUUCUUGAGGUUUGAAUGGGGUUGUUUUGAUUUGGGGGUUAUUUUUUUUUGGGGGGUGUUGUUUCAGUUUCAAGGGGUUGAGGUUUGGUUUGUUUCUUUAGGGUUUUUUAAGAGGGGAUGUGUGGUUCAGGUUGGUUUUUUUGUUGGGUGGGUUUUUAAGUAAGCCAUUUGUGCAAAAGCUUAUGUACAGGUAACCACAAUAGUAGGUCUGUUGUGCAAAUACAAAUUUAUAUUUAUUUUUGAACAAAUUUACCAUAUUGAAAGGCAAAAGGGAUGCAAAUAGUGAAGUGAGAAUCAGAAUAAACAUUUAGUAAUAUUUACUGUGUUUGACUUUGCCCUUCUCUUAGCUGAGCUGCUUCUUUUAGCAUCUUUUUUUUAAACUAAAAAUAAUUGGUCUCUUGUUCACCCCUUCCAAAUUCUGAAUCAGAACUUGCCUCACUUAAAGUAACCAGUAGAGUCAUUAGCACUUCUAGGUUUAUCAGAAUUAAAUUUGCAUAACACAAGUGCACAAACAAUAGCAACUCUAGCUAAACCAAAACUGCAUGUUUGGCAUCAAUGCGUUUCAGGAUACCCCGUCCACCACCCAGUAUCUUAGUGAAAAACUCAUAAAUGUCAAAGGGAUUUUACAUUCAGCCUUAUAUGGAAAAUUAACUCAUUACCUCAUUGUGCCUCUUCGUAUUGUACUGCUUAGUUUGUUACAAAUUGUUAUUACUUUGUCUAACAUUUUUAAUGUACCGUACCAAAGGUGUCUUAGGUUCAAGAAUGAAGAGCGGGCAUGAGUAAGGAAGUCCUUGGUCUCUAAAUUUUUUCUGAAUUGUGAACUAUUAUGUGCCAAAACUGAAUGUGCUGUGGCAGCUGCAUCACCUUUGUACAACAGAGCAGCUGAAUGAAAUUAUUUCUGCUGUCAUCAGUUAGGAGAUUCUCCUUACAAAUACUUUUUCAAAUACGUGACAGAUGGAGUCUUCCGCCUAGUAUCAAAAGAUACUACAUGCUCAAAAACUGCAUCUUGGGUGAAAUUGCUACUUUCCAUUACACAUUUAAAAAAAAAAAUUGAAACAUUGACCGAGACAUUGUCUUUUUGCCCCAGUAUGACAGUAGAAGAAGCACUGCUGAUUUAAAACAGGAAGAGAUUGUAGAAAAAAACACAAAUGUGAUGUUUGUUGCACUGCAGUUUUUAUAUUAAUCUUUUGCAGACUGUCAUACGUAAACUCAUGUACAGGCUAUCAAGGCCUAAAAUUUCUUGACGAAUCAGUACUGUUCAUCCUCAUUAUUUUUAAACUGUAUAUUUGUAAUCAUGUUUUUUAAACUUGGAUUGACAGAACGAAAGUUUAUUUUGCUGAAGGUAUUUUUAAGAUAAAGCUUCAUAUUAUCUUGUAAUAUUAAUUAGUUCAAUAUGCAUUUGUGUGUCAUUUGAAAAUACUGCAGAUUGCAUUUGAUUUUAUACAAAAUACUGAAUAGUGAGAAGUGUAAACAUGAAUUGUGUAAAAUUAAAAAUAAUCAGAAGGUU